AUGCCCUUCGCCAAGCGGAUCGUGGAGCCCCAGUGGCUGUGCCGGCAGCAGCCGGCCGCCUCGCUGCUGGAGGAGAGUUUGGGCUGCCCCGAGCCCCGGGACCAGCCGCACCCGCAGCCCGAGCCGGAGGAGGCUGCCGCCGUGGUGCCCGCGGAGGGGAAGGAGGCUGCGGCGGUGCUGACGAUGCUGGAUCUCUGCUCGAUCAGUAACGGGGCCCUGGCCCGGAUCCUCCGGCAGCUGUCCGACGUGGCCCGGCACGCCUGCACCCUCUUCCAGGAGAUCGAGACGGAGCUGCAGCUGGCCCAGCGCAGGGUGCGGGCGCUGCACGGCAAGAUCAGCGGUGUGCAGGGGGUGCUGCGGAGCCUGGAUCCCAAGCAGGAGGCAGUGCCUGUCUCUAACCUGGAUGCAGAGAGUAAACUGAGUGUGUACUACCGAGCACCUUGGCAUCAGCAAAGAAAUAUUUUCCACCCCUCUACCAGACCGCCCUGUGUGGAGGAGCUGCACCGCCACGCCAAACAGAACCUGCGAGCCUUGCGUAGAGAACAACGAAACCGGGGUGAUAACAGAGAGCAGAAAGUCCCAGGGCCCAUCUCUGUGGUGGUUCCCCCAUUUCCCUCCUUCCCUGCAAUCUACAGUCAGAAGAGGAAAGAGAUAAAGGACCGGCACUUGCUAACAUUUAACAGCACCCGCUCGCCUUCCCCCACUGAGUGUUGCCACAUGACCCCGUGGAGUAGAAAGUCCCAUCCACCAGAGGAGGAAGACACAGAUGUCAUGCUAGGGCAGAGGCCGAAAAAUCCAAUACAUAAUAUCCCUUCUACACUGGAUAAGCAAACUAAUUGGAGCAAAGCACUACCUCUCCCAACUCCAGAGGAGAAAAUGAAACAAGAUGCCCAAGUGAUUUCCUCUUGCAUUAUCCCCAUCAAUGUCACUGGAGUUGGUUUUGACAGAGAGGCUAGUAUACGCUGCUCUCUUGUUCAUUCACAAUCUGUACUACAGCGAAGACGAAAGUUGAGAAGGAGGAAAACCAUCUCUGGCAUCCCCAGAAGAGUGCAACAAGAAAUAGAUUCUGAUGAAUCACCAGUAGCGAGAGAACGGAAUGUGAUUGUGCAUGCAAAUCCAGACUUCUCCAGUACAAUCAACAGGAGAUCAGGUACCAGAGACUCUGAGUGCCAGACUGAAGAAAUUCUCAUUGCUGCUCCAUCCAGAAGAAGAAUCCGAGCUCAGAGAGGUCAAAGUGUUGUAGCCUCCUUGUCACAUUCAGCCGGCAACAUUUUGGUGUUGACAGACAACGGUGACGCAAUGUUCACUACAGCAGUGAGCAACCGUAUCCGAUCACGGAGUCUUCCUCGUGAAGGUGCUAGAGCCAGUGAAGCUGAUCAAGAUGCUGAUGCCAAAACUUCAGCGUAUGAAGCAGAAGACUUUUUGGCAAGCCAAGAAAGAAUCCCGAAAAAGGGUAACAAUAACCAGGGUUCACAAGAACACCAGCCCAUAGGUUUAACUUGUUCUCAGAACCUUCACAGCCCAGAACAUAAUGUAAACGAGAGAGGGAGGUCAAGGUUGUCAAGGAUGGCAGAUUCUGGAAGCUGUGAGAUUUCAUCAAACUCUGACACCUUUGGGAGCCCCAUUCACUCUAUCUCCACAGCAGGAGUCCUUCUCAGCAGUCACAUGGACCAGAAAGAUGACCAUCAAUCCUCCAGUGGGAACUGGAGUGGAAGUAGCUCAACAUGUCCCUCACAGACAUCGGAAACCAUUCCUCCUGCUGCUUCUCCUCCGUUGACUGGCUCCUCACAUUGUGACUCAGAAUUGUCACUGAACACUGCUCCUAAUGCCAAUGAAGAUUCUAGCGUCUUUAUAACAGAGCAGUACAGUGAUCACAUAGAUAAGGUUCGAGGUCACAGGGCAAGCUCCUUCACCUCCACUGUAGCGGAUUUACUUGAUGACCCCAAUAACAGCAACACAAGCGAUAGUGAAUGGAAUUACUUGCAUCAUCAUCACGAUGCAUCCUGUCGUCAAGAUUUCAGCCCUGAACGCCCAAAGGAUGACAGCCUAGAAUGCCCAAGUUUUACGAGUAUGGCCACUUACGAUAGCUUUCUAGAAAAGACCCCAUCUGACAAAGCAGACACUAGCUCACACUUUUCUGUGGACACUGAAGGAUAUUAUACCUCCAUGCACUUUGACUGUGGUCUCAAAGGUAAUAAAAGUUAUAUUUGUAACUAUGCAGCCGCAGGCUCUGAGAGUGGCCAGAAUGCAGAUGUUGCUUCCAGUCUCACGGAUUGUGCCUGGCAGGAUUAUGUAAACCACAGGAGGCAGGGAAGACAGAGCAUCUCUCUUAAGAAACCAAAGGCAAAGCCAGCCCCACCAAAACGCAGUUCAUCUUUGAGGAAAUCUGAUGGCAGCACAGAUCUUCCUGAGAAGAAAGAACCAAAGAUAAACAGUGGGCAGCACGUGCCUCACACUUCCAGGGAAAUGAAGCUGCCACUUGAGUUUUCAAAUACACCUUCUAGAGUGGAAAACUCUAAUCUGCCAAGCAAACAGGAACUCUCCUGGAUUAAUCAGAAUGACAGUGAAUUAAAGAACAUUCAGUUUGACACCACGGAUAUUCCAUCAUUUAAAGAUGAAGGUGCUGAACAAUCUCACUAUGCAGAUCUCUGGCUUCUAAAUGACUUGAAAUCUAAUGAUCCUUAUAGGUCUUUAUCCAAUUCAAGCACAGCUACGGGUACUACAGUCAUAGAAUGCAUAAAGUCGCCAGAAAGUUCUGAAUCACAAACAUCCCAAUCUGGAUCGAGAGCCACCACCCCAUCCCUACCUUCUGUUGAUAAUGAGUUUAAGCUGGCUUCCCCGGAAAAGUUGGCGGGUUUAGCAUCACCCUCUAGUGGUUACUCCAGUCAGUCUGAAACACCAACAUCCUCUUUCCCGACAGCUUUCUUCUCUGGGCCCUUAUCUCCAGGGGGUAGUAAAAGAAAGCCAAAAGUACCAGAAAGGAAGUCCUCAUUGCAACAACCUUCUUCUAAAGAUGGCACUGUAUCUCUAAACAAAGAUCUAGAACUUCCAAUUAUACCUCCUACUCAUCUUGACCUAAGUGCUCUUCAUAAUGUCUUGAAUAAACCAUUUGCUCACAGAAACCAGUUGCAUGCUUUUAAUCACAAUAAACAGAACAUGGUAGGAGAAGCACUAAACCCUAAUCCUCCACCAGCCCUUGCUAUUACACCUUCAGUUCUAAAAUCUGUUCACCUUAAAUCGAUUAAUAAGCCUGAAGAAGUGAAACAAAAAGACGAUAAUACAGACCUUCUCUGCAUACAAGAAACCACAUUAAUGGUGACUGCCAUUUCUCCAGGCAAAAUGAGGCCACUUGUAGCUAAGAAAUCAGUAUCACGUCAGUACUCUACUGAAGAUGCCAUAAUGUCCUAUAUUGACUCUUCUCCAGUGGAGACAGGCCCUGAUAAACUGCAUUCAGAAAAAGAUUCAUCUAUCAGUGUACAGAAUAACUGUGAUCAAGAAACUGUAACCUCAGCAAAUGUGGGUAUUUUAGAAGCAAGCACCAUGAAAGACCAAAUGCAUCCAGUUGGUGAGCCUUUACCAGAGAACACACAAAUCCGUAACACUGCUACAGAAGGGUUUCAAAAAGGUUUAGCUGUCCUCACAAGUGAUUAUGAAGUUAAGAUAACUUAUCAUGAAACAGAACAGGAAGGGAGCCUUGAUCCUGUGCAGAUUAAGCAAGAAUUACCUGCAGUCUGUGAACAAAAGUUGGCAUCUAAACCUGUGGAUGAAACCACAUUCCAGUCUGAUCUACCAGCUGGGGGAGCAGACAUUAGUAAUCAGCCUAAGCAUCAGUUUGAUAUAAGCCACCGUGAUGACAAAGUGCCUGGGAAUAUCAGCUAUGAAUCAGAGAUAUCAACUGUAAAUUCACUUAAUGAAAAAAGUUCUGAGCAGGAAAAUGAUGUUGCAUCAGGUAUUCCAACCAAAAGUGCCUCUGAUGACAGCAGGACAGAGGAGACACAAGGGAGUGCAGAUGAUGCUUCACUGAAAGAAUCUUCUCCAAGUGAUGAUUCCAUAAUUUCACCAUUGAGUGAAGAUUCUCAGACUGAAGCAGAAGAUGUUUUUGUGUCUCCAAACAAACCUCGCACUACAGAGGAUCUAUUUGCAGUCAUUCACAGAUCAAAAAGAAAAGUACUUGGGAGAAAAGAUUCUGGAGAUGUUUCUGUAAGAAACAGAUUGAGAGCUUCAUCUGGGGCCAGCAGCACGUCACCUGCUAGCAGCACGUCACCUGCCAGCAGUGUGCCACCUGCCAGCAAUGUGGGAGCCCCAACAAGCAGUCAGAGGUCUCCAGGUCUUAUUUACAGGAAUGCCAAAAAGUCCAACACAUCUAACGAGGAAUUUAAGCUACUGCUCCUUAAAAAGGGCAGUCGAUCCGAUUCUAGCUAUAGGAUGUCAGCGACCGAGAUACUAAAGAGCCCUAUUUUGCCCAAAUCUCCCAGUGAGCUAAUUGUGGAUUCCCCUCAAAACACUGAUGAGACUCCCCAGGCAUCAACUCCUGAAGCAUUAUCCCCCCUGUCUCCUUGCUCCCCUAGAGUUAAUGCAGAAGGCUUCUCCUCCAAGAGCUUUUCUAUGUCUGCAUCUUCAAGAGUAGGGCGCUCGCGGGCACCUCCUGCAGCCAGCAGCAGCCGUUACAGCGUACGCUGUAGGCUGUACAAUACGCCGAUGCAAGCUAUCUCAGAAGGAGAAACUGAGAAUUCAGAUGGCAGCCCUCAUGACGACCGAUCUUCUCAGAGUUCAACAUAG